UCACGCGAGAAAAAAAUGUGAAUUUGUGACUAAAUGAUUGUUUUUAUUAGUAAAUAAACUUGAAACGUUACCUAUUUUUACCCUAAGAAAUAGUCUCAUAGGAAUCCUAUUCAAAAAUUUGAGUUUUAUUAGUGUAAUUGUAGAUAAACAUGAUAUUUCUUUAUAAAAAAUUGGAACUUGUUAAAAAAGUGUUUUUUUGUGACGUCCAGUGAGUGCUCGGAACAGCCCAACAAUGAUGGCUGAAGAUUUUGAUCCAUUAAGCUACGGCUGUGCUGUUUAUAAUCAAUUUAUGAGCUGCCAAGAUUUAGCAAACUGUAUUCCAAUCGAUCAGCAGCUCACAAAUGGUGGACAACUGGAUCAAAAUGUUCAUAAUGCUUAUGAAAAUACAACCCAACCACACUUAGAAGCACUCGCAAACUAUAGUAAUAAUGAAGAUGUCAAACCUGAUAUAUCCGCCACAAGCAGAAAGAAGAAAAAUGGUCGACUUAAAAACAUGUCUGUGAAAAUAUCACAGCCGGACUUCAAAUUUUACGGCUGCUCCCUGUGUAACAUCUGCUACCCCACGCUGCCCGAGCUGGACGUGCAUGUGGCCUCGCACAAUGACCGCAUCACCAGCUACGAUCUGAGGAUAAAAAAUCAAAUCAAAAGGAGGAAAUUAAAAAAAGAAACUAAAAAACUAAAAAAAUUAAAAGAUAUUGUAAAAAAAGAAAAUGAUCUCUUGGAUGUAGAGAUUAAGCCCGAGGAUGGUUACAUCGGGACAGAGAAAGCAAAUGAAAUUAAUAAUUCCAAAGAGAAAGAACCCACGGAAGAGAGGGAUGUCACUAACGGCCAGAAUGAUCCAAACGAACUAAAUGCUAGUGAUCCAAAUGAGCUGAUUGCUAAGAAGCAGGAGCUGCUCAAUUUACAGAAAAUAUACAAAUGUUUUGCGUGUUUCAAACAAUUUUCUCUCAGCUACUACCUAAAACUUCAUGUUAGAUCUCACACAGAUGAGAAACCUUAUGUAUGUGCACAGUGUGGGCAGUCAUUUAUCACGGCGAGCAAACUUGGACGACACAACAAGAGGUACCACCUGGCCAUCAAGUAUCAAUGUAGGAUAUGCUACAAAUUAUUCUGUAGAUUUGAAUUCUUGACAAGGCAUUUUGACAACAAACACGCUGAACACAAAUUAGAAGGAGAGCCUUAUGACUACAAUGCUAUAUUGCCCUACCUUAAAGAAUUAGAAGAGCAAUUGAGAGAAAAAGAGGAGGAAAAAGACAAAAAUAAGGUAAAAACUACGGACGCCUGGGGAGAUCUGUGGCCUAUGGAGACUCCUGUGACCCAGGAGGUUAAAGAAGAACAAAUGAAGGAGAUAGAAGUUCCCAUUAAAGAGGAAGUGUUCAACCCCGAACCGAUCACCAUAGAAGAAGUUAAAAUUGAUCCUAUUGAUUCCGUUGAGAUAAAAUUAGAGCUGGAGGAAACUCCCAGGGAGAUGGAGGACUGCCACAGCUAUGAUGAUGAUGAUGACAAUGUAGUGGAUAACAAGAGUGAUGUGAAGAGAGAGAUGGCGAAAGUUGAAGAUGAUGAUGAGGACGUCAAGAAUGAAGCGACAUCAGACGAGGACUACUUCCCGACUAACACCUGGGUGUCGAGCCCCAAGGACGAGCCGCCGACGAAGGGCAAGGGCAAGCUGGAGUGCCCCGUGUGCCACAAGACCGUCAGCUCCGCGUCGUACAUGCGCGUGCACAUGCGCACACACUCCGGCGAGCGGCCCUACCGCUGCCCGCACUGCGACCUGGCCUUCAUCACCGCCAGCAAGAUGCACCGGCACGCGCUCACGCAUCCCGAGACCUGGGAGGACAAUGUAAAACCAGAGGUAAAAACGGAGACAGAAGAUGGAGAAACCGACAAAAAAGGAAAAAUGAAGAAUGGUUUGGCAAAUUUUCUGAAGAAGACCAAAGGUGAGAAGAAGAAGAAUGGCUACCAGAAGCGACCAUUCUCUUGCGAGUUCUGUCAGAAGAGGUUCCUGCACCAGGCCACUCUACAGGUCCACAAGAAGUGUCACGAGGGCGAGCCGCUGGUGUACAAGUGCACAUUCUGCCUGGCCGAGCAGCCCGACGAGGCGGCGCUGCGCCAGCACGAGGCCGCGCACGCCGGCCCCAAGCCCUACCUGUGCACCGUCUGCGGCCGCACCUACGCCAAGCGCGAGACCAUGGUCUACCACCGCAAGUCGCACGCCGAGCACUCGCCCUACAUCUGCGACGUGUGCACCAAGGGCUUCUCGUCCGCCGGCAAGCUGGAGCGCCACCUGGCCGGCCACCGCGCCGCGCGCUUCGUGCUGCGCUACGAGUGCCCUGUCUGCGCGCACAUGUUCCACACGCGCUACCACGUGCAGCUCCACCUCAACACGCACCAGCGCGAGGGCCUCAUCCGCGAGGAGGACCGGCCGCACGUGCUCGCCAUGGUGCUGCAGAACGCGCGCCGCCUGCCGCGCGCCGGCGCCGCCGACCCGCCGCCCGCGCCGCCCGACGAGCGCAGCCGCGUGUGCAACAUCUGCGGCGAGGUGUUCCAGCACUUCUACUACCUGGAGGAGCACCUCAAGUCGCACGGCUCGCGCAUCGCCGUCGCCGACGCCGCGCCCGCCGCCGCCGACGACCGCAAGCACGUGUGCCCGGUCUGCAGCAAGAGCUUCAAGCUGCACUACUACCUCAAGCUGCACAGCUUCACGCACACCAAGGAGAAGCCGUUCAUCUGCCAGCAGUGCGGCAAGGGGUUCAUCACGCGCGGCAAGCUCAAGCGCCACCUGGAGACACACUCGGGGCUCAAGAAGUACCAGUGCCACAUCUGCUGCAAGUUCUUCACGCGGCCGAGCUACCUGCGCAUCCACGUGCGCACCAUCCACGGCACGCAGGACUACAACUUCCGCCUGGCCGCGCCCCGCCCCCCGCUCGACGAGUACCCGCCCCCCGACCACCCCGUGCCGCCCCCCUGCUAGUCCCCCGACUGCCAGUGACUUUACAAUAACCGCCCGGCGCUAUUCCGACUCGAACGGGCGUCGGUGCAUUUUCCCAGCUACAACAUUUUGUUAUAUUCUAAAAUAAUGUUGAAUUUUAAAAUGAGACCUUGCCAGUUUAGAUAAUUUAUUUCGUAAAUAUUUGUAGCUCACUUAUGCUUUGUGAUAUCAAUCUAAUCUAAGUUUAAAAAUUUUUUACUUAUCAAUUUUAUAAUAUUCAGUUUGACAGUUUCACAUAAACAUGUUGCUAAAUCACUGCAAACUUUACUCAUCAGCUCUGACUGUAUUGAAACAUCGCUCUCGAAAUUUUCACAAGUAUUUAUAUUUUGUAUAUCAUAUUUAACUAUCACUUUUGUGUGUAUUGCUAUUACGCAGUCAUUUUUAUGCUGGGGCAUAAUACCGUACUUAGGCAUGACCUUACAUUAUAUUCUGUACUUACUUCUUACAGAUUGUUAUAGUUUUACAUGUUUUAAAAUGUUCUCCUAAAAGUAAAGAAGAGUUCAGAGAGUUUUGUCAUUCUCUCAUUAUAUCAAGCAACACAUACAAAACGUAGAAACUUAAAUGUUGCUAUAUAAUCAUUCAUCUUACCGACAAAACAUCGUUUGUUUUUGUGUUUUGCUAUAAAGUAAUAUAAGUUUGAAAACUACUACUUUUUGUGGAGUUGUUCUGUUUACUUGUUACAAAGUUACUGGUGGGAUGGCCAUGAUGGUGAAUUGGGUUUUUAGACAUUUUAGAUUUAUUUAAGUGAUCGAUGAGCUUAACUUUUGUUGGUGGUGUUAAUUUUGUAGCAAAAUUACCAGCAACUGUGGUAUAAAAUAAGUCGGGUGUGGUAUCGCUUAGUUACGGCGAAUAAAAUAUUAGAGUGGCAAAUAGACUUAAAUUUAAAACCAAUCCAAAAUAUAAAUGUUUGAAUAUUGUUGAUAUUUUUGUAAAUAAACAGUUGUAAGUAUAAUUGUAGAUGAGUAAGUAAUUGUAAAUAUUAAGUUGUUUGUUGCGUAGAUUCGAUUCUUGUAAAGAAUGUUCUAGAAUCUAGAUGUAUAUUUUUACAUCCCAUGUUCACACACUCUGCCAAACGUGAUUGAUAUGAGAAAUUGAUAUUACGAGUACAAAUAAACUUGAUAAAUUUUAAGUCAAAAGUAUAUAGUCUCUUUAAGGCGCGCAAACGGCGCCGCAGCGGCAGCUUUAUCGCCGCCGCGGCGCCGUGUGUAAGGGCAAAUAGGAACACAAGAAUGAGUUAAAGGAGCGGCACCGCCGCGGCGUGAAUGUAAACAGCCUAACAAUUGAAUUGUGAUAUCAUUUUAGAUGACGCCUGCAACUCAGUUGCGCCAAAAUAAGUUGAUCGCGCGAGAACCGUGCCUAUGUCCUUCCCCAGGAACACCAGUUAUCUGCAUACCAUACUGGUGACUGUGUCGUUCUGUUUGGUCGAGUGUGAGUUGUGACCAUAGAAUAAGAAACAUCUAGUUUGUUAGUUGAUACCAUAGCUCAGUAGAAUUUGAUACACGACACACCUCGUUUUAUGACUAAUUUGUUAUUAUAAAUUAGGUAAUAUAAAAUAUAGAAACAUUUGU